AUGUUGGGGGCGGGGCCGGACCGCCAUGCUGACCGGUCGCAUGCAGGAGAGGCUCCGGAUAAAUCUGGCCUCUUAGGCGAAUCCUUUAGAUCUGACACCUGCAAAGAGCCCAAGAAAAUCGUACACGGUGGUGGAGAAGGUGGCAGACCCCGAGAUUGGGAGCUUUGGGACCCUGGGGGGCUGCAUGAAGCUUUGGGGACUGUGGCCUACUCGAGAGGGGAGCGGGGUGGACGGCCGCUGCCCUGUCUCCCUUUGCGGCUGCCACACGUAGACACCCUGAUACGCCUGCCGGUCCCGUUAUUCUGCAGAGAGCUCAGGAGGAAUGGAGAAGGAGAGGCACAGUACUCCUCAGAUCUGUGGCAGCGUGGAGCCCAACACCAACAGUCCCUGCCUCGUGAAGCCCCAGAGGAGAGAAGCCGUGCAGCUCACCAACCUGCACAACCCACAAAGCAGCCCAGCGAUGAGCAGACUGUUAACCCUUAA